AUGAAGCUGGGCACCUUGAAACUAGUCACUCAAUCAGUUACAUGUGAACGAAUAAACUGUCAUUGUGGGGGCGGCAAAUUGGUGAACUUGGCCAUUGUUGCGCAUGCUCACGCUUCUGAAUUUUUACUCAAGGAUGGAUUCCUAAAUGAAGUCGUAAAAAAAUCGUCCAGCUGUAGCACCCUUUCGGUGCCUAACUGCCAUACCACACGAAGGUUGCACGAGGGCUGGGAUAAUGCCAGGAUGCCCAAGCCUAGACAGGGAAAGUCGAGAGGUAGAGGUCGGAUUCGAACCACGGACCUUCCGAUAUCCUUUGUACUACAUCUGACAAAGAAAGCUAAAAAUCGCGUAGAGAACUCAGUAAGUUUCAGUGCAACAGAAUUCGUUGUCAUAGUAAGCAACGGAGAAUCGGAUCAAACAGAUUUGGAGUUAAAAAGCGAACAGCUGUCUGACGGACACAGAAAUCAAGCCCUCGUAAAAAUCCUGGUAGUGAAAAUAGAACCUCCUACGGCCUCGGAGGUUUAUGACCGCAUAUGCUCUCUCAAGCGCGGCGGAGCUCCUAGUCCUCAAUCAGCGUGUCUGAUCUGUUUACAAGCAUUUGUGAAAAGGAAUCUCUCCCAGACAACUGGGGAGAUUGCUACAACAACGUCAUACGCAAAAACGACCCAUAAUUACAGUAUUCCUGGGUUUCCCGGUGCAUUCGACUCGGUUAACCGGUUUGCCCUAUUUGACACACUUACCCAUCAACGAAUGUCUCGGAAGUUUGUGAACAUCAUAAGUUUUUUGGUAUUCUCAGGCUUCCGUACACAAAGCUGUGUCCCACUCUCUCCAUUCCCAUUUAAUUUUGAGAUCGGGGCGAGAUGGACCAAGUGGUUAGAGCGCGAAUUUACUGACCGGAAGGUCCGUGGUUCGAAUCCGACCUCUGCCACUCGACUUCCCCUGUCUAGGCUUGGGCGACCUGGCAGUAUCCCAGCCCUCGUGCAACCUUCGUGUGGUAUGGCAGCUAGGCACCGAAUGGUUGCUACAGCUGAACGAUAG